AUGGCCCGCGGUGCCUUCGCUGCUUCCUGGGAGGAUGGUCCAGCGUUCCCAGUGCUGGAUGUGAGGCUGAAACAUGCCUUCAGAGAUCUUGAUGAUGCAACGAUACUGCCGCGACCACUGUCCCGCCAAUGCGUCAACGAUUGGCUGGGCGAUGGUUCUGGUCUGCAAGGUCUUGCUUCAAGGAGGCGUGGACACGAAAUUGGUAUCUUGGACUUGGAAGUCUCCAAACUGGCCCUCUCAGCGCCGUUCACAAACACUGUGAUUGCAGCAUAUUUGCAGGGCCUGCCACGUGACCAAGGCCAAGGCUAUCCACCGCAGGGCCAGGCCCCGCAGGGCUAUCCGCCAGGGCAGCCAGGUGCCUACCCGGGCCAGGGCUAUCCGCCACAAGGGCCACAGCAAGGAGCGCCACCAGUUACCCAGGAGCUCCGGGGGCGAAAGGUGCUCCUUUCACGCAGAGCCCUUCUGCGAAGUCCAAGGCGGCCCUUAUCGCAGGAAUCAUGUCCCCCUUUGGGAUUAUCAUCAUCUUAUCUGGCCUCUACUUCUGGUGCAGGAAACCAGCCCCACAAGGAGGCAGUGGAGGAGAUGCUGCUAGUGAUAUUGAGGACAGUGACAUGGAAGAUGAAGGAUCGGGCUCCGAGAAAAGCUAGCCGCUUAGCCACAGACAAUGUGCUGUGUGUCUCGGCCGAAAGGCAAUCAGCUUGGAGGCAUUGCUCCUUUCAAGGCUCCGUGAUCGACAGGCGUCUGAUAAGGAACUGCAAAGUGCUCUGUCCACCCUACAACAGAGAAACUGGCUCUCUGGAGUAUGCCAUUGCAGUGGGAAGCCUGGGACGCAGGUUGCUUUGGUUACAGGCCUUUGCCUUGUGGAAGCAGAUGCAGUCACAAUCAGUGCAAUCCGACAUCAUUGUGUGGAACUCAUUGGCCAGUGCCGCCAACGAUGCUGGUAGGUGGCCACAAGCCCAUGCCCUUUUGAACCUGGCACCAGCAGCCAACUUGCCACUCACUGCAGUGUCCUUUACAACUCUUGCGCAGAGGCAGCUGUGGACAUUUUCACUGCAGCUUUUAGAGUUUGCCCAAGACAUUGGCAUUCAAACAGGUGCUCUUUGCAAUGCGGCAAUCAGCGCGUGUGCUGCACAGCAGUUGUGGCAAAAGGCCCUGAAGAUUCUGGAUGUGGCGUCGCAAGGGCUCCCUGGCGGGGCAGAUGUCAUUGCCUGUAGCGCUUGCAUCACUGCCUGUCAAGGCGCUCAUGAAUGGCAACAGGCAUUAACUGUUUUUGACCACCUUGGACCGUCCAAAGCGGAUGCCGUGGCCUUCAGCGCAUGUAUUGAGGCAUGCGGCCGUGGGCAGCAGUGGCAGAUUGGUUUGAGUCUAUUGCAGGAAAUGAGAUUUUUGCUGCUUCAGCCCAAUGUUGUCACCUGGGCCUCCUUGACAGCAGCAUGCUCACUUGGAGCUUGGUCCCAAGCUCUAGCAGUGCUUGCAGCAUCCAAGACAAACCAGGCGUUCAGUGCAGUGGCCACUGGUGCAGCCUUGGCGGCUUGUGAGGCUUCCAGGCGGUGGCGUGUUUCUAUGAGCCUGCUGCAGGACCUGGUUUUUGCUGCCUUGGAUCCAACAGUUGUUAUCUACAACAGCGUUCUUUCUGCCGUGCGCAGAAGUGGCUCUAUGAUGAUCCGAAGAUUGCAGGAGAACAUGAGCCUUUACAGGCUGGUUCCCACCAUGGCAACUUAUGAUGUGGUUCUUGCAGCCUGCGAAGCAGAAAGCACCAGAAGUUCAGCUUCCCAAGCUGUCACUCGGCAAGACAAAAAGCCCCGAAGGGCUCCUAGCGGUGUAUUUACGAUCGUGCAAAAAGUAUGUCAUUUUCUGCCAAAGGAUCCCAAGAUAUUUGUAGCUCAAAAAUGUGCAGACCCAUGUCGUCAUGACGGGCGAAAUACUAAAGAUUCCAUCCAUGAAGUCUGUUGCGGCAGGAAAAUGAUAUCUUUUGAUGCCCAACUCGUCCAACACACCGAAGUCCACCCCAAUGAACGCGUUGUUCAAGCGCAAAAUAGAGCAUUGCAUCAUGUUUUCAAAAAUCAAACUCUAGGAAAACCAAAUUAUGUAAUACCGAUACCUACCACGGCACUAGCAUUCCGAUUCCGUAGCCUGAUUGUUUGA